AUGAACACAAAUAAUAACAGUGGUGGUGUUAGUGGAUUUGUUAAUGGUGGUGGUGGUUUUAUGGGUGGUGGGAAUGGUGCUGCACAACCAUUAACUGAAGAAUCAGUGUUAUCAUUAUUGAUUGUAUUGGGCAGUAGUAUAUCAUUGGUUGGAUUAGUAUUUGCAUUCAUUACAUAUAGUUUAUUCUCGGACUUAAGAAGCUUAUCGGGAACAACUUUAAUGAACUUAUUAGCCGCUUUAUUUAUGACACAAUUAUUAUACGUAAUAGGCGUUGGUGGAGUACCAGAUCCAAGAGUUUGUUUAUCAUUAGCGGGUGGUUUACAUUAUGUAAGACUGGCAGCGCUAUGUUGGUUACUAACGAUGGCUCAUCAUAUGUAUCAUCAUUUUCGAGAUAAUUUAAAUUUAGUAUCAGCAGCAGAACCAACACUUGGGAAAAAAUUUUUCAGAUAUUCAGCAUUUGCAUGGGGUUUUCCUGGCAUAUUACUAAUAACCAGUUUAAGUAUACAAUAUCAUGAUAAAGCUGGUCGUUUAAGUGAUAUGCGAAGUUUAGGAGAUCUUAACUGUUGGUUUCUGGAUGACAACGCACAUAUCUAUGGCCUACUUGUACCAUCAGUUGGUAUUGUCCUAACAACAAUUAUAUAUUUGAUACGUGCAGCAAUUGUAGCACGUCUUGUAAUUAGUAUGCAAAUUGAUCGACGUACAAAACAUAAAAUGCGUCGUAAACGUACCUUACAAAUUGUUUUAUUCUUUAAGAUCACAGUAUUAUUAUCAACAGUAAUCGUUUUGGGCGCCUUAACCAAAUUUAUAAAAUCCGAUGCUUUAUGGAUAGCAUUUAAUGUGGGUCAAGGAAUGCAGGGAAUUUUUAUUGCAAUGUUGGUUACAUGUAAUUGUCAGGUAUUAAAAAUUUAUACAAAAACAAUAAAAUCACAGCGUCGUAAACGACAAACAGCCAAUGGUGGAUAUUUUUCAUCGUCAUACGGUAAUAUCAGUGGACCGGGCACAGAAAUAUCAAAAUCAACUAGUUUACAACUAUUAACCUGGGAUCCAACACCAGACGCUGUUUAAGACUUUAUUUUAAAAAAAAUUUUAAGAUGUUUUGUAUGAGUGUACAGAUUGAUUUAGAUACUAGAAAAGAAAUGUAUGUUA